CGGGCAGACGGGCGCCCGGACUCUUCUUGGGAGCGAGGACCUGUUGACUUCUUCCUGUACGAUUGCCGGACCAUGUCGGAGUCCGAAACGAGCGGUCAUGUGCAGAAUGUCCGCCCCAGGACGGUGAGUCCAGCACAAUCUUCAACCACCGAUGAUGAGCCUUCAUCUCCUGGCAGCACUGUGGGGGGACAUUCGCCUGAAGCGCCCCCGAGAGAUUCGCCUCCGCCGCCGCCCCCCUUGGCAGGAUCGUCGUCUUCGUCCUCCGCCUUGCACCCCCAUUGUCCGACCGUCUCCGUGCACGGGUUCUAUCCACCGCCACCGCCCCUGCCGCCCUCUCGUCUCCAAGGGGGUAGUCCCCCCGACGUGCUGGGCCCCACCCCUGCCAAGAGGAUCUCCCCGGGCCUGACGUGCGUCGUCUGCGGCGAUACCUCGAGCGGGAAGCACUACGGAAUCCUCGCCUGCAACGGUUGCAGCGGUUUCUUCAAGAGGAGUGUGAGGAGAAAACUGAUUUACAGGUGCCAAGCAGGAACUGGUAACUGUGUUGUGGACAAAGCUCAUCGGAAUCAGUGUCAAGCUUGCAGGUUGAAAAAGUGUCUUCAGAUGGGAAUGAAUAAAGAUGCCGUGCAGAACGAGAGGCAGCCGCGGAAUACGGCUACCAUCCGGCCGGAGAGCUUGUCUGAAAUGGAGUCAGAGCGGUUGCUGAGAGACGGCGUCGCUGCGACCGUAGCUGCUGUCGGAGUUUACCCGCAGUCGCAUCGCGUCCACCACCUAUUAGCGGACGCCGCUCGUGCCAAGAUCGAACGGGACCACGAUCACAAGGAAGCUUUAGAUGGCCAUAUGGCAGAAAUGUCGAGGGAAGAGAUGCUAGAGCAGAGGCAAGGCAUUCCGAUGGUGGGCCCAAGUGGUCCAGCGGUGAGCUAUGGAGGUGUGAGUCCUCAAGAAGUGGGUCCCGUCUUCAGCUGCCCGCCUCCAGGCCAGGAGACUAUCUAUGAAACUUCUGCUCGUCUUCUUUUCAUGGCCGUCAAGUGGGCCAAAAAUCUGCCAUCUUUCGCCAACCUUCCUUUUCGUGACCAGGUGAUUCUACUAGAGGAGGCAUGGUCCGAACUCUUUCUGCUGUGUGCUAUCCAGUGGUGUAUGCCGCUCGAAUCCAGUCCUUUGUUCACUCCCACCGAACAUUUGAAUGCCGGGCUUCCUAAUGGCAAGGCAGCUCUCACAUUAGCCGAUGUCCGCACCCUGCAGGAGACCUUGGCCAGGUUCAAAUCAGUGGGCGUAGAUCCUGCUGAAUUCGCUUGCCUCAAAGCCAUUGCCCUUUUCAAAGCUGAUGCUCGGGGCUUAAAAGAUGCACAUCAGGUAGAAGGUUUGCAAGAUCAGGCUCAACUGAUGCUUCAGCAGCAUGUAAAGACUCAACACCCCACCCAUCCUUUCAGUUUCAUUUAUUGCAGAUUCGGCAGACUUCUUCUGAUGCUUCCUUCUCUGCGCUAUGUCCCAUCCGACAGGGUGGAAGGCAUGUUCUUCCAUCGCACCAUCGGCAAUACUUCCAUGGAGAAAUUACUCUGCGAUAUGUUCAAGUGCUAAAGAUCUCGAACGAAUUUUGAACACUCCCAAGAGCGCACAAAAAACAGAAUUUGUGGUUCCCACUUCGAGGAGAAUUCUACUGUCUUGCUGUUUCGAGAGUUCAUUUUUGUUCUUUGUGAAAUCAUUAAUGACUAUCCACUCAAGAUUAACAUCUGUAGAUGAGGCUAUAUUGUGGAACGUAGUCAAGACUGAUUGAAGAAACAGAAUCUCACAUACAAUUUAUGAGAGACAAUAUGAACAACAGAAUGAAUUAAAGCUAUUCUUUUGCAAAUAGAUACUAAACGAAGUUGAUACAAUUAGAAGCAACUUGCCACUUUAUUGCAUACAAUAAGUUGCUUCUAAUAAUAUUAACUAAUAAAUGUUACGCAAUCAUUCAUAUUUAUCAUUACAUUCGGUUGAUUCGAGUUAUGGAUUAACCCUUUCCGGCACGCUACCUGUUAAAGUUGGAGUUUU